AUGGGUGAGGAGAACCUGCACCUCUGGAAAGAGCCAGAAGAGGGUGCAGCCACUACUUUGUACCUAGGUCGGACCUGGGAGAACCACACCCAGCACAAGAUGAGCACCUGGUUCCUCUUCUUCACCUGCAUGGGCUCCUGGGCUGGUACCAGCAUCUCUGUCACAGAACCUGGAGGGCCCUGUGCUAGAGAUUUCCUCUGCCUCAACAACAACAUCCUCAGGAUUGACUGCCACUGGUCUGCUCCUAACUGGGCUCAGUACACAGACCCCUGGCUCUUGUUCACUAGUAACCACGAACCAGACAUCCAGUCACGCUGCAUUUUCCGGGACAAUACCUGCACAGUGCAUCUACCAGAGGAAAAUGUGCUUGUGUCCUCUGACAACUUCACCAUCACUUUACACCACCGUGUGUCUGGAAAGGAGCUGGUCACCUGUCAGAUCUCAGAUUAUCUGCCCCGGAAAUACGUGAAGUUGGACCCUCCCUUUGACCUGCACAGCAAUGUCAGCUCUGACCACUGUGUGCUGAGCUGGGCUACCAGUCCUGAAUUGGAGCCGUUGGGCUCCUUAUUCAGCUACGAACUGUCCUUCAAGAGACAGGAAGAAGCUUGGGAGCAGGCCAGGCACAAGGAUCGAAUUGUGGGAGUCUCCAGGAUCAUACUCGAGGCCAUCGAGUUGAAGCCUGGCUCUACCUAUGAGGCCAAACUGCGUGUCCAGAUGACCACACAGGAGGAUGAGAUGCUGGAAAACCGCUACGAGGGCCAGUGGAGUGAAUGGAGCCAGCCUGUGUGGUUCCCCUCUCCCCAGAGACAAGGCCACCGGAACUCACCUUUGGGACAGCCCCACAAUGCCCUUGUCACUGUGUGCAUCCUGGUCCUACUCACCAGCCUCACCUACCUUCUGUUCAAGCUGGCUCCCAGGGUGAAGAGAACCUUCUAUAAGAAUGUCCCCUCCCCGGCAGCAUUCUUCCAACCGCUCUACAAGGUGCACAAUGGAAACUUUCAGUGUCUGCAUCUAGGGGAGGGUUUACGGACCUGGACAGGAUCCCACAAAGUUAACCUGAGGUCCAACGAGGCCUUUGCCAGUACCUCAUCAGGAGUCUCGGACCCUGCUAUCCUGGAAUCCAUUGAUUUGCUCAUGUGUGAUCCUGCAGAACCCUGGAAACUUGGCCUGAAGAAGGAGAGCUUGGGAGUACAGGAUACACCAGUGGGACAUGUGGAGGCGGGGCCUCCUCUGGCAUACCUGCCGCAGGAGGACUGGGGCCUAGCCAGACCCCCUAGUCCAGCUUCCAGAGGGCCAGCAGGCAGCACUGACUACUGCGCCCUGAGCUGCUCUGAUGGGGGUUUCACUUCAGGCUCCACAGGCACAAGGCAGAGCUUUGUGCCCAUCCUGGCCAGGGCCCAGGGCCUUUCCUGUGCCCAGUCAACUGGGGAUGCCCAGCAGGAAUAUGCCUGUGUGGGAGCUGGUCAGCACCUGACGUGA